UAUAAUUAUUUAAAAAUAUAAAAUAUAAUAAAAAUAUUGAAUUUUAAAUUUUAAUAAUAAUAAUAAUAAUUUUUUUAGAUUUAUAAUAAAAUAAUAUUAAAAGAAUAAAAAUAAUAAAAAAGAUAUAAAAUAGUAUUAAUAAUAAUAUAAACUAUUUAAAAUGAAACUAAGUAAAAAUUGUUUUAAAUGUAUAACAUUAAUUAUAUUUGUAAUUUUAAUAAAUAGUACCAUAUAUGGUCAAGGUGAUGGUACAACAUGCGAAGUUGCAGGUUUAAUGGCAUCCUCCUGUAAUUUAUCAACACUAGAAUAUUAUUUCACUCAAGAUAGAUUUAUAUCAACUGAUUUUUUAAAUCUUCCUUUUGGAGCAAAACUUUAUUUUAGUGGAGAUGUAGUAUUCAACUAUCCAGUUAACUUUAAUUGCCAACCAACACAAAAAAGAGAAAUGACUCGUUUCGUUUAUGAAGUUGAUUGCUUACAAGUAUAUUCAAACAAAUCAAUUACCUACAAUGCUGAAGAAAUAUAUGCAAGUGUUGAUUUCUCUACCAUUUAUGACAUUGAUACAAGUGUAGAUAAACCAGUAGACAUGAUAGAAUCCUAUUCAAGAUUUAUGAAACCUGCUAAUGGUGUAUUUGGUGAUCCAAAUGUAUUUGAACCAGUAAUUUAUGCAAGAAUCAAACCACAAGUUGGCUACAAAUGUGAUUUUAACCCAGGUUUCAGACAAUCUCGUCGUAAUCAAGAUAAAUAUGCCCUUCACAGCAAAUGUGCAUGGGGUAAGACUUUGUUUGCUCAAGGUGAUUUUAAUAUUAGAAUUUCUCCAUGCGAUUUACAAAACAACACUGAAUCAAUUCGUAAAUUAGAAGAAAUUGGUUUCGAUAAAAACUUUUAUAUUGAAAAAUUAAACUUUACACCAACUGACGGUUUAUUCUACACUGGUAAAAAAGAGAGUAUUUACAUCCGUUACUAUCCAAACUUUGAAAAGAAAUUUGACCUAACCUCAAUUCAAGAUAUUUUUGAUUCAUACCUUUACAUUAUAAACUAUUGCGAAGAUAAUCCAAAUAAAAUUGAAAUUUCAUUCGGUAUGCAAAAUGAUCUCUGGGACCACCAACCAUUCAAUAUAACUGACUAUAUUGUAACCAAAAAUACCAAUUCAACUUUUGAAGGUAGUGCAUCUUCAUUAAAAUCUGGUGUUGUUUUAAUCUUAAUUUCAAUUUUAUUAUCAUUAAUUUUCUAAGGAAAUAUAAAAAAUAAUUUAAUAAUCAUAAUUUAAAAAUCUCAUGUAAUAACAACUCGCCUAUCUAUAACCUUAAUAUCAUUAAAAAAUGAAUUUUAUUAAAAACUAUAUGUCAUUUAAUAUUAAAUAUAUUGUUUAAAAUAUAAAUAAAAAAAAAAAUUUUAAAAAAAAAAUUUUUAAUUAUU